UGCACCGGCGUGCCCGCCGGCUCUGCCGGCAGCCAGCUGUAUCUUCUUUUACUGUUCCCCCUUCCCCUCUGUUUUCUCUCUCCCUUUCUUUCUUUCUCUUUCUCCCUUUAAGUAUAAUUGCCUGUCCAGUUUUUAAUAACUUAAAAUAAGAUAAAAUAAAAAACAAUGAUAAUAUAGAAUAAUCAAGUGGAACAAUAUGGGAUUGGCAUAUUUUCUCCACUUGAAAAAUUAAAUCAGUAAAAAAAAGAAAAGAAAAAAAGACAAUUAUGUUUUGCAUAUACAUUUAGGGAAAUUAUAUUCUAUAAAUUCCCAGUAGUUUGCGAAACUAAUCUAAUCUAACGGCACCUGAACCAAGCCGGGAUUUAGUGGCAUGUAUAGCAUUUUCUGACACUAUUUCAUCAGCUCUUGUAGUAUGUAGCAAUCCAUUUUCUGUUUACUUUCAGGCUGUUUAAGAUUGCGGGUAUUAUUGAUGUUCCUAACAGAGGUGCUGAUGCAGUUAGUCAGGAAUGAUGGAUAUGUAGCUUCAAGGACAAUCCCUUGCCCACAGCUAUGUGUUGUCCCUCACCUUAAAAUCUGAAUUUGGUUUUCUGGAUUACUGGUCUGUAAAGGAGGAAUUUUAUUGAUGUGAAUUCCUUUUAUUAUUCUGCAAAACCUAGAAAGAAAAAGUCAAUGCAAUGGUCCCUUGCUAUAACGCGGUUCACCUUUGCAGUUUUGUGGAUUUUGUUUAGCGCAAAUUUGCAUGGUUUUUUUUUUUUUUUUUUUUUUUUACAGCACAUGUGUUCUUCAUCCUGAUUGGUUGUAUCUCCUGUACAGUACAGAAUGCAUUCAGCUUGUCACAUUUAUUUAAUUCGCCAGCAGUGUGAUGCUGAAGUUGGUUUCAUUCUAUAAUACUGGAGUUAUUUUUCUACAAAAGUUUGAACUUUGAGAGUGUUUAAACGAGAGAAAAGUGUGAAAAUGCCUGUCUGAGAAAAGUAUAUAAUGUGUGUUGCGAGGUUUUUAAAAGCUUUAAAACAUCUAUAAUAAUUGUAAAACAAAUAAACCUGGCUAGUUUGCGGAUUUCACCUAUUGUGGGUUAUUUUUAGAACAACUCCCGGGAUUAACGAGGGACCACUGUACUGAAAAGGAGAAAGAAUGCUGACCAGUUGCUGUUGCUUAUUGAGCAUAUUUUUAGGUUGUUUUUGGCCCUUUCUGACACAGAAAAAUUGCAUGAAUAGAUUAGAGUAGGUCGCUACCAGACAGGAAUUGUAAUAUAUCUUUAUUUAUUUUACCAAAUAACUGUAUCUGAGCUGUGUGUUUUUUGUUUUUUUAAAGUGGUCACUGUUGCUGCCAGCUCAAGUAAACUGGUACUAAUUUUAACAUACCAUGGCUGUGUGUUACCUGUCUUUAUUGUGGUCUAUAAUGUUGCCAACUGGAUGUGAAAUGGAAAAAAAAACCCAUAUUAAUUGUAUUCUGUAUAUUAUAUUACUAUAUAUAAUAAUAUUAUUAUAUAAUAUAUUUUUUAAAAAUUCUAUUUAUUACCAUUUCUCUUUCCAGGUUAAUAGCAUGCUGUUUUGUGAUGAGACACUUUGUCCAGGCUAACAUUUCCUGCGAGUCCGAAAUGACUAUAAAAUAUUUUUUGAAUAUGUGGAGCAGGUUUAAUGAAAGCCUCAUUUUUAUUUUUGUGGGAGUGGUCACGGUUGCCGGACCUCAAGUCUGGAACUGGACCUUCAUCACACUCACAGUAAUUCUGUGUGUUGUUGCACGGGUCAUAGCUGUUGUUGGUCUGACCUUUCUGACCAACAAAUUUCAUAGUGUCAAGCUGACCAAGGAGGAUCAGUUCCUAUUUGCCUGCAGUGGCCUGCGAGGUGCCGUUGCCUUCUUCCUCGCUUUCCUGCUGGAAACGGACCACUUUCCAGAGAGAGAAAUUUUCGUCACUGCUAUUAUUACUGUGAUUUUCUUUACCGUCUUUGUUCAGGUCUUUCACCGUCUAGGCCUUCAUAUUGAUGGUGUCUGUGGAGACAAUGGGCAUCACCACAGGAUGGACAAACUGAAGCAAUUCAGUGACCGCUACUUGAAGAAGUGGCUGAUUGUAGGUGAAGGAACAUCCAACCCAGGAAGUGGCCUAUUACCAAGCCUGGAGCAGAGGGAGCCAGUCAACAGCUGUCUCAAGGACAGUAUGACGAGAUCCAUAAUUUUCUACAGAAUUCAUGGAUUCUGCUUCAGAGGACACGGCACUUUGCUUAGAAAUGAACAUUUAGUCUUUAUUGUGAUGCUAGGGCACAGAGUCCCUCUACCAGUCAUCCAGUCCUAAUUGCCUUCAUCCAGGAGGACACUCCAGGACCCAGUUCAGCAGUGGGCCACCAAAUGCAGGAUCAGGAUGAGCAGGAGGAUGAGGGUCAGCUGGAGCCAAGAGUAGGGGAAAAAAACGCAAAGUUCUUUAAAUAAUAAUCAUUGUACAUAGCUGAACUUUAUUUGAAUUAUUUGUUUGAAACUAUGUACAACAUAAAAUAUAAAAAGUUCUGUAAAAAAAAAAUCAUUGUAAACACUUAAACGUUGUUGUCAUAUGGACCUGGUUUAGGUUUAAGCAGUCGAAUGUUCAGCAGAAAAAUAUCACCUGCAAGUAAUGCCAGGUGACAGUAAUACCAAAGAGAGGGAAUACAAGUAAUUUGUUUUAUGAAUAUGAGAGAAACCAAAAAACUGCACCCUUCACAAAUGCACAGUCAGUCAAAUGGAAAGAAAAAAGGUGGCCCUACACACCCAGCAGACUGAUAUUUUCCUAGCCCUUCUCAAAGGCACUCCGUAUAGGAAAACGAAUCAGCCGUGGGUUCAUAUGACAAAUGCCAUUACCGUAUACGUGUGUAAGGACAUGGUGCCGUUUCUUACAGUAGAGGAAAAGCAGCUUUAAGAAAAAUGAUUAAGCUACUCGAUCUAUGUUACGAGGUACCCAGCUAUGGAACGGCAGGACUGAUAUGAUCAAUUAAUUAAAUACAUCAUUAAAAAAUUAAAUGUGUCAAUAAUUAAUUAAAAUUGGAA